UUGCAAAUAAUGAUAAACAAACAAUUAUGUCUGGCUUACAGAGGCUUCAUUACUUUAAAAAUAAUACAUUAUGGAGUUUAGAAAAUUUUCUAUACUGGAGUUUAUUCUAUACUCAUAACUUUGGAAGUAAAGAUAAUGAAUAUCGUAUUUACAAGAUGUAUUUAGAAAAUAUUCAUAAAGAUCCGGAUCUAAUAAAAUCUUGUGAUAAUGAAACAGUUCAAAAGUCAGCAGAAGAGGCCUUAGAGAAAUUUACAAAUGAAAUAAAUUCAGCUCAAAUUAAUGACCUUUGGAGAAAGUGUCUAUCCUUUAUAGAAACUUUGAAGAAAGCAAUAGACCUUAAUGCUGAUAAGAUAGCUUUCCAAGUGAAUGAUAGUUCUGAAAAGAAAGAAGUCCAGAGGGAUACUAUAUUAAAUAAAUCGAUCAAAAUUAUUGAUGACUCAGACAGUGACACUGAAUCAAUUAAUGGAGAUAAGGGUGAAGAAGAAAUUAAGAUGCUUAUACAGGAUGAGAUAGACAUCCGUAACAAAUUACUCAAGAUUCUUACUUAUUUAGUUCGGCCACUACCAACAAUUUAUAUGUUACAACAAUUUGGAUGUAUCAAAAUAUCUGCUACCUUUGGUGAUUUCAAACAGUUUUCAAAAGACAUGAUAUACUUGAUGGAUUGGCAGACAGAUAUCUUGUCAACAGCUAGAGCAAUAAAUAAAGCAAUCAUGAAUUUUAUGAAAAAUAAUAAUAAUAUUUGCAUAACUUCAGUGAAUGAUACUUCAUGGAAGAAAGAAAGUAACAAAAAUCAACCCUUACCUAAAUCCCCAUCUCCCAGUUUCUCUUCAUCAGGUCGCGAUUUGAUGCAUCAUCUAGAUUCAUCAGUUCAUGAGAAGAUUGAUUUAAAUGAUUUAGAUAAUACGCUAUUUAAAUCAAAAAAUUCAAAAAAUUGA